CCGGCUCCAUCCCGCAGCGUCCUGGGCCGCGCCGCGCCGGAGGCACCAAGAUGGCUGUUCUCUCAAAGGAGUAUGGCUACGUCAUGCUGACGGGGGCUGCCAGCUUCGUCUUGGUCACGCACCUCGCGGUCAAAGUGGCCAAGGCCCGCAAGAAGUACAACGUGGAGUAUCCAACCAUGUACAGCACAGACCCUGAACACGGGCGUAUAUUCAACUGCAUCCAGCGUGCACACCAGAACACACUGGAAGUUUACCCUGCCUUCCUGUUCUUUUUAGCCACCAGUGGAGUCUACCACCCGCGGAUCGCCACGGGGCUUGGCAUCACCUGGAUCCUUGGGAGAAUCCUUUAUGCGUAUGGCUACUAUACAGGAGAUCCAAAAAACCGAAGGAGAGGGACCAUUGGUUCAGUUGCACUCAUUGGGCUGGUGGGCACAGGCGUGUAUUCAGCUUGCCAGCACCUCGGCUGGAUCUGCCAGGACCGUCACGGUGGCUGCCUGAGAAACUAAAGGGAUUUUUGUUUUCUUAGAACAUUUUAUUUCCUGUUUUUUUUUUUUUUUUCUUUCUUUUCUCCUCAUGCAAUAAAAUAAAGCUGUCAAUUCUGUAUUUUCAUUCUAAAGUAAUAGAGGGUUUUCUUAAGAAGUUUUGCAGAAUGCUAGAAGAACUCUGGCUUUGUAGGACUACAGUAAUCUGCCCAACAGGUAGCAAUGUCCUAGCUUUUAUGAUUUUAAUGACCAAAAAGCCAUCUUGCAAUCUGUUUAACUCAUACAGCAGCAGCCCUAUUUCUGGACCCCUCAAUUCAUGUCACUGCAUUAAGAUGUUCCAGAGUUAAUGUUUAUUUGAUUGCUAAAAAGAGAUGUAGACAAACAUUUAAAGUUGUUGCUUCAUUAUGUUUAAAAGCAACAGUAGGCCUAUAGGAAGGAAGUCAAAUAGCUUUUGCUUAAGAGCAGCAGCACUCUGUCCUAUGCUUGCUACCACUGUGGCUGUGUUCCAUGCUCUGUGUGUGGAGAUGAUUCUCAAGGCCAUGCCAGUCCCAGGCAGCAUCAGCUAGUCACCCCCACAGUAUUUUGUCCCACCUUGGAAGUGAGGUACAGUUAGAAAAAAAAAACAAAACACCCUUGUGCUUACCGGGGGGCUAGAGGGAAGAAACAAUCCUACCGUAAGGCUUUUACGUAGUUAGAGAAUAGAGCCUAGAGCUAUGGGAUAUCAAUGUGUCCAAGAGCUUAUAGGUGCACUGUGUCCUACAUGUUAAAGAGCCAAAACUGAAGUUGACUGAGGGUAGAAGGCAAUGGGGUUCAAGAUGCACAGCAGGGGAAGCAGCCUGGGCCAGGCCCUGGCCACUGACAAGCCUCUGCUAACACCUGCAUUGCUGCAGAAGCUGCUGCUGGAAGCCACAUUGCUGCUCCUACUCCAAGGUUCCCAUCUUCCACCAGAUAGGACAGAGCGGGCCCACAGGCUGAGCCCUGCGUGUACAUUCCCCCUUGCGGGAGCGGGACACCUAAAUGCUGCUCCAGCAUAGAUUCCCCUCAGGCACUUACAAUUUUAGAGCACUACUGCUGUGUAAAUGAUCCACAUCUCUGGCUGACAGGCAAGAACUGGCUGAUGCUCCCUUGAGCAGGACC